UCUUUUUGGCUGGAAAUGUCGUGAAGCCGAACCCUCCCUUCUCAAGAAACCGCCUCUUUUCCUUUCAUUGUUCUUCUUCCCAAAAUCAAUCUCUGUAAUCCCAUUUCUGCAAUAAUCUAUCUGUUCUUGAUUUCGAGAACCAAAAUAAAAACCCUAAAAGUUAUAUUCAGCGUCGUCGCUUUGAUUUCGUCGAUUGGCGAUGGGGCCGGGCGUGUUCUUGUCUGGCGCUGCAAGACAGGCCGAGAUUCUCAGAAAAGAUGGAAAUCACUAUUUCCAGAAGGGCCGGAUUGGAGCCGCCAUUGAAGCCUAUACCGAGGCGAUUACGCUAUGUCCGAAUGUUCCUGUGUAUUUGACGAACCGUGCUUUGUGUCAUCGCAAGCGGAAUGAUUGGAAGAAGGUGGAGGAGGACUGUCGGAGAGCUAUUCAGCUUGACAACAAUUCUGUCAAGGCACAUUACAUGGUAGGAUUAGCAUUAAUACAAAACAAAGACUAUCCUGAAGGAAUCAAGCAUUUGGAGAAGGCUUUGGAUCUUGGUAGAGGUGCAAAUCAAAAGAGUUAUAUGGUAGAGGAGAUAUGGCAGGAGCUUGCAAAUGCAAAAUACAGGGAGUGGGAACAAGCAUCCACCAAACGUUCAUGGGAAUUGCAGACCUUGAAAGAGGCUUGUGAGGCUGCACUUGAACAAAAAUACUUCCUUGACCAGUCUGAACCAGAAGGGUUCGUAGAUCAAGCCGAAAGCGCUCAUCGGGAACAAUUAAACUCUCUAAGAAGUGUGUUUGAAAACUAUGCCGUGGCUGAUGCGCCAUCUGAGGUCCCCGAUCAUCUUUGUUGUAAAAUUACGCUCGAUAUUCUUCGUGAUCCCGUUAUUACUCCAAGCGGGGUUACAUAUGAGAGAGCAGUGAUCCUCGACCAUUUUCGAAAGGUUGGUAACUUCGAUCCCAUAACGCGGGAGCUACUCGACGAGUCUCAGCUAGUACCGAACUUAGCCAUAAAGGAAGCUGUACAGGCAUUUCUAGAUAAGCAUGGAUGGGCUUACAAUACAAAUUAAGUAUACAUGAGGUCUUGUCUUUUGAUUUGCUGUUCUGCAAUUUGUUACCAUGGCUGGUUAGUUUCCUGUACAGUUAUUACUUAAACCUCAUAAUCGAUGAUAUAUGUCUUUACUAA